AUGUAUCUCGAGCUCGAGGACGCGCCGCUGGCACACUUGAAGGCUAUGGAUAGUAACACGGUCACCCUGUUGUCAGUGGCACUCUCCUUCGACAAUGGUUUUCCAGAGUCGCUGACCUACCUCCGCGUUGACUUGAGAUUUUCUAGGAAGCCUAUCGAUCCACGCAUUCAGGUAUUCCCUGGUGACCUUCUCCAGCUCUCACCUAGUUCAUCCCUCGACGACUCACGCUCUGAAGAUGUCUUGGGACUCAACGGUGAAUCAGCAGACAGCGGCUCUUGGUCUCUGGAGAGUACACCCAGCUUGUUGAUCUCAGAUCUAUCACCCGUCAGCACCCUUGCUGACAUAUCUCCCCCGUGUACCCCAAACAUCUUUGAUACGCUGGGAGAGUUAACCAUGUCCAAUACAAGCAUCCCGCUGCCAGACUGCCGUGACGUGCAGACGGACCGUGACCAAGCUGCACCCUCUUCACCUGCUCUCCCGCCUUUACUUUUAAUGUCUCCGGAAUGUUCACAAGUCUCUCUUGAUCCUGCCUCGAUAACAUCUCUUUUAUUCUCAUCAAAUAAUCCUGAUGCGGAAGUCUACGUGCAGAAUGAUAUCCAGGAUGGGUAUCAGGCUCCUCAACCUGCCAGUGUGGACGAUUACCCCCCAUCGCGUGGACCACCCCCCCUUGGACAGGAUGACCGUGCUCACACCUCUCCACGCGCUAGUCAGACGUGUUUUCCGCCUCCAGAAGCCCCACUUGACCCUCGUUCCGCUUCUGCUUUUAAAAGCGGGUGGAAUGACAUCCAGCCGGGAAUGGACGAAGUAGAUGCAACCCAGUAUCACUCAGCAUACAGUUUACACCAGUCAUUCAACGAGGUGAAGUGGAACGGUGGCUGUUUUCCAUCGAUCACGUCCCUUAAAUCUAGGGGAAAUCCCUCAUACCCUGUCAUGCGUCGUCUUCCUGUCGGUUCCCUCGUUCCCACAUCGUCCAUUAGUUCUACUGAUGAUGCAACGACCUCUUCGCUAUAUGAGCAAAGAUGCAGGACGAACAAUUUGAUAUAUUAUCGGCACAGUGGUCGCUUCGUCGUGCCGUCCGCAAUCUAUCUGGGAGAUGCUGGCACCUGUAGGAAGGGAGGUGUGCAAAGAUGCCAGGCUGACUUCACUCAUUCCCCAUCCCCUUCUCUUCCCAGUUUACCGUUGGGGGAUUCUGGGCGUCAACCAUCCAAGAAGGUAACACGAACUGCGAGGGAACGUGCCUCCUCCAAGAUGACGUCGCGUACUUCAAGGAAGGCCGUCCCAUCAAAGACAAUGCCACAAGCGCCAAGAGAAGACAUCUCAUCUCGGUCUUCAGGCAAGACAAAUUCACUCCUUGCGACAUCCCCCAGCUUACCCGCUCACAACUUGAAAGGUAACGAGCAUGAGAGUGGGGAUAUAGAUGUCGAUUCGGGCCUACCCAACUUUCAUCCUAUCGGUUCACCAAAUAUUUAUGCUGCCAGCAAGUUACGCAGGAAGCACGAAGCGAAGUAUCGAUGCACGAUGUUCGAAGGACUGUGCAAGGCGACAUUCACAAGUGAACAUAACUUGAAUAAUCAUAUCGAAUGUCACUUGGGGUUGCUGUCCUAUUGUUCGGGGUGUGAGAAGGCCUUCAAGCACUCUUCCUCCAAGGAUCGCCAUGAGAAGAGAUCAUUGCAUUUCGCUUUCGUAUCUUUAUCCUGCUUGUAUUUUUACGCCUCACCUCCCGUUCAACCCUCAAUGAUUCGGUUAUUACCUUGCCCCCAUCGCGAGCAAAUAAGUUUGGUCAGACACUGGUUCGAAUUACAAGCAAGACGAGCCGGGCAUCCCGGUGCGCAGUAUCAUAAAUUACAUUCGUCCAAGCUUUACAUGGCGAUUCGAGCCCUAGAGAUUGGUAUCCAGACCAAUCUCGCGAACCUGUGCUCUCCCAAUCUGUAA